CCGCGGACAGACCGGUGAGGGGAAGUUUACUCUCCUGGCUCUGAGGUCCUUCUCUAUGCCGGUGCUGCUGCUGCUGAACCAUGCCGACUGUCAGUGUGAAGAGAGACCUGCUGUACCAGGCCCUGGGCCGGACAUACACUGAUGAAGAGUUUGAUGAGCUCUGCUUUGAAUUUGGAUUGGAGUUAGAUGAGAUUACCUCAGAGAGAGAAAUCCUCAGCAAAGAAAAAGGUGAUGGAAAAGUGGACGGAGCAUCAGAUGUCAUUCUCUUCAAGAUUGAUGUGCCUGCCAACCGCUACGACCUGUUGUGUCUGGAGGGACUGGUUCGUGGGCUGCAAGUAUUUAAAGAGAGGAUCGAUGCCCCUAGAUAUAAAAGGAUUACACCUGCCGACAGUCAGCUCCAAAGGCUGUUCAUCACAGAGGAGACAGCCGCAGUGCGCCCCUUUGCAGUGGCCGCUGUGCUCCGGAACAUAACAUUCACCAAGGAGCGAUAUGAAAACUUCAUUGAUCUGCAAGAGAAACUCCACCAGAACAUAUGCAGGCGGAGAGCACUGGUGGCAAUUGGAACCCAUGAUCUAGACACCAUCACAGGACCAUUUAUUUACACUGCAAAACCUCCCUCCAGUAUCAAAUUCAGACCACUGAACCAAAGCAAAGAGUACACUGCACCAGAGCUGAUGGAGCUCUACAGGACUGACAGCCACCUGAAACAUUUCCUGCACAUAAUUGAAGACAAACCAGUCUAUCCCGCGAUCUAUGACAGCAAUGGGGUGCUGCUUUCUAUGCCACCAAUCAUCAAUGGGGAUCACACAAAAAUCAGCUUGAAUACCCACAACGUAUUUAUAGAAUGCACAGCCACGGAUCUUACAAAGGCUAAAAUAGUUCUGGAUAUUAUGGUCACUAUGUUCAGUGAAUACUGCAGUCAGCCAUUCACCGUGGAGGCUGCUGAGGUUAUUUACCCAGAUGGAAAAAGUUACUUCUACCCGGAGCUGGCAUACAGGAAAGAAACGCUUGCUGCCCAGAAAAUCAACAGCAAAAUUGGGAUCAGGGAGACUCCAGACAAGUUGGCUAAACUACUUACACGGAUGUGUCUGAAAUCUCAAGUGUUGGAAGAUGGGGAGCAGCUGGAGGUUGAGAUCCCCCCUACACGAGCAGACAUUAUUCACGCCUGUGACAUUGUAGAGGAUGCAGCUGUCGCCUUUGGUUACAAUAACAUCCAGAUGACCAUCCCCAAAACGUACACCAUUGCUAACCAGUUGCCGCUCAAUAAGCUGACAGAAUUGCUGCGUCAGGACUUGGCCGCUGCCGGCUUCACCGAAGCUCUGACCUUCGCCUUGUGUUCAGUUGAUGAUAUUGCAGAUAAACUGGGGAUUCCUGUCUCCGCCACCAACGCUGCACACAUUGCAAAUCCCAAGACUGCAGAAUUUCAGGUGGCUCGCACGACCUUACUGCCCGGCUUAUUGAAAACGGUUGCAGCCAAUCGCAAAAUGCCUCUCCCUUUGAAACUGUUUGAAAUAUCUGAUGUGGUGACAAAGGACAACACUAAAGAUGUCGGAGCGCGGAAUCUUCGUCACCUGUGUGCAGUCUAUUACAACAAGAACCCGGGGUUUGAGGUCAUACACGGCCUGCUGGACCGCAUCAUGCAGCUGUUAGCAGUCAGUCCUGGCACCGAGAAAGGAUACCGGAUCAAAGCUGCGGAGGAUCCAGCUUUUUUCCCCGGCCGCUGUGCAGAAAUACUGGCUGAUGGCAAAACCAUAGGAAAACUGGGCGUCCUGCACCCUGAUGUCAUCACUAAAUUUGACUUGACUAUGCCUUGUUCAGCCCUGGAAAUAAAUGUGGAGCCAUUCUUGUGAUAAAGAA